UCCAAGAUGGCGGAGUUGAAACAGGUUCACUGAUUGUAAAUAUGUUUUUAAACGCGUUUAUCCUUUUUUAUUUUAUAUCGGAAUACAUGCAAAGUCUUUAACGUCGCGAACAUUAGUUACAAGUUAUUAACGUCCGUUUAUGUGUAACGUCUCCCAAAAGUGAGGAAUUUGCUUACAGAUCGGAUUUUUUUUUCUGCAGACACUGGCUGGCUAGUUAGCAACAAAAAAAGUUUGGGCAUCGUUUGAAAAUGAAGCGACAGGCCGGGAGGGACUCCAGUCCUAGUAGGACUUUAGCGAAACGAAUACGGGAAAGAGAGCGGGACCGGGACGGUGCACGGAGAGAGGACCUGCCGCUCCCACCACUUGCUUUGCUGCUCGCUGAAAGCGGGAGGCAACAUGCUCGGAGUAGGAGCAGGGAACGAGAAAAGACACGGCUUCGGGAGGAGCGUGGAGGCACCGGAGAUCCCCUCCACCACCGACAACAACACCACGACCUCGAUCUCAUCGGCCGACCCUCUCUCCGGACUACAGCCGUCCUGCCGAAAGGCAAAGAGGCAGCCGAACUACUGGGCCUCCGGGGGGGAGCCGGUGGGACUCUGGAAUACAAAUCGUUGCUCAUUAGCAAUCUCGGCUCGGUGCUUUCUGACGAGCACGUUGAAGACGGACUGUUUCACGAGUUUAAAAAGUUUGGAGACGUUAGUGUGAAACUAUCUCACACUCCAGAGCUAGGCCGAGUCGCCUACAUCAAUUUCCGGCACCCGGAGGACGCUAAAGAGGCCAGGCAUGCCAAAACCAGGCUAGUACUCUAUGACCGCCCCCUCAAAGUAGAGCCCAUGUACAUCCGGCGGCGCAGCAGCACGCCGCCGGAUAUGGGCUAUGUCCCCAUCCAUGGCGCCCCAUAUCCCUCUUAUAGACAGAGGUCCCUCUCCCCCUGCCCUGGAGUUAGUAGUAUCAGAGAUAUCCGACCACCAAGACAUUACCAUGUAGAGGGACUGAGCAGAGAGAGGGAGAGGAUCUUAGAUUACUAUGGGAUGUUAGACGAGAGGGGAAGGCCUUACGGGCUGCCUGUACCUGAGCAUGAUGACAUAAAACCUGAGGACGACGCGAGGGCGUGCAGGAACCUGUUUAUCGGCAACCUGGAUCACAACGUCACCGAGGGCGAGCUGAGGAGAGGCUUCGAUAAGUACGGCAUCAUUGAGGAAGUUGUGAUUAAACGACCGGCGCGUGGUCAGGGUGGAGCCUACGCUUUCCUCAAGUUCCAGAACUUAGACAUGGCUCACCGGGCUAAGAUAACCAUGCAGGGUCGCGUGAUCGGCGGGAACCCGGUGAAGAUAGGCUAUGGUAAGGCCAACCCUACCACCAGACUCUGGGUAGGCGGGCUGGGACCCAGCAAUUCCCUGGCAGCCCUGGCCAGAGAGUUUGACCGUUUUGGCAGCAUCCGGAACAUACACUAUGCGAAAGGGGAUAGUUUUGCCUACAUUCAGUAUGAGAGCCUAGAUGCCUCUCAGGCUGCAUGCACUCAGAUGAGAGGGUUCCCUCUCGGAGGCCCAGAGAGGAGGCUGAGGGUGGACUUUGCCAAGGCUGAGGAGCCCCUGCCUCGUAGUUACCCAACAGGAUACCAGCCCCCUGUGUCCCAGCCUGCCCACCUGGACCUGCUGAGGCAUCGCGACCGUAGCCUGGAGAGAGAGCUACGCUCCCGGGACCGCUCGCCACCCUCCCACGCUCUGUUCACCCAGCGGGAGAAAGAGAGAGCUAUGCUGGACAGGGGGGACAGAGAGUUCAUCUCUCCAACAAAUAGCCUUGAGCGCAGGGGGAGUGAAGCGUUUGGGGUGUCUCGUGGUGGCCGAGGGGACCGGGCAGCCCGGAGCCGAAGCAGAGAGCGCUGGCUGAAGGAGAGAGACGCAGAGCGGGCAGAGAGACGCAGACGCAGGUCCCUUUCCCUUGAUGGACAGGAGAAGGAGAGAGGAGGAGCAGGGCCAGCUUCUCCAGAAGACAGCCCAGACAGAGCCAGGGUCCGGGCCCCAGACUCUACCACCGAGCCCAGGGGACAGAGCCCCGACAGCAGCCGCCACUCCAACGAGGACCGGGCCGGCCUGGACGGCCACGAGACAUCCUCCAGCCGGGACCGACACAAGAAGACUGGCGGGGACAGAGAGAAGGACCGUGACCGCAACCACCGUGCCAGCGACACAAACCACACCUCAGACACACUUAAUAAAGACCCUAGAACACCCAGUAUGCUGUCGGAGUGUGCCGCCACCCUCACCAAAGCCUGGCACGGUCACUUCACCCUGAAGAACUCCUGUUUCCCCACUAACAUGCACCUGCUGGCGGGAGGCUCCGGGUUCUUCCACUCUGUCAUGAAGGACCACCAGGCCAAGGGGAAACUGACCCAGCUGAAGAUCGCCCAGCGACUGAGGAUGGACCAGACCAGGUUGAACGAGGUCACCAGGAGGAUCAAGCAUGGUGGCUCCGAGGGCUACGCUGUUCUCCUGGCCCUGCAAGGCCCCGUCAACCGCGAGGCCCCUCCACCUGAACCAGGCCUACAGAUCAGACUCCUCCGUCACCUGGUCACCUACCUGAGGAACAAAGAGGCUGCAGGAGUGAUCAGUCUACCUGUAGGUGGGGCUAAGCAGGGGGGAAAGGGGGGCAUGCUGUACGCCUUCCCCCCAUGUGAUUUCUCCCAGCAGUUCCUCCAGAGUGCACACAGGACUUUGGGGAAUCUGGAUGAAGAGCACCUGGUGGUUGUUAUUGUCAAUGACUCUGCCUAACUUAGACAGAAGACACCUCUUUGUAGUGUUGGCUGUCAAUGUUAUUACACCCACCUUAACAGACUGCUGUCAUUAGUGCUGGGAAUUUCCAGGGACCUCAAUUAUACUUAGGUGCCGAUAUGUAUUGUGAUUCUCACCAUUCUAUAUGUAUUGUGAUUCUCACCAUUCUAUUUGGAUUGUGAUUCUCACCAUUCUAUUUGGAUUGUGAUUCUCACCAUUCUAUUUGGAUUGUGAUUCUCACCAUUCUAUUUGGAUUGUGAU